GCAGGCGUGAGAACCUCCCUUUCCUUGCUGGCACUGUGGACCCGACCGCUGCACUCCUCCACCCAACUCGCCACCCCCCACACACAAGCUCUGCGCCGCGUGGUUUGGGCGGCGCAUAAAAGGCUCUUCGGCCCAGGGCGCACUUGGUACUGAGAUCUCUCUUUGCAGCUAGUGCUCGUUCGCGUGACCGGCUCUUGCCCACGCAGGCUUGCGCGCGUCUUGGCUUUCAGCCAUGGCCUCCGGCAAUGCACACAUCGGAAAGCCAGCCCCAGACUUCACAGCCACUGCUGUGGUGGACGGAGCCUUUAAGGAGGUCAAGCUUUCCGACUACAGAGGGAAGUACGUGGUCCUCUUUUUCUACCCACUGGACUUCACGUUUGUGUGCCCCACGGAGAUCAUCGCUUUUAGCAACCGCUCUGAGGACUUCCGAAAGCUGGGCUGCGAGGUGCUGGGAGUGUCUGUGGACUCUCAGUUCACCCACCUGGCGUGGAUCAACACCCCCCGGAAGGAGGGAGGCUUGGGCCCCCUGAAUAUCCCACUGCUUGCUGAUGUCACUAAAAGCUUGUCCCAGAAUUAUGGUGUGUUGAAAAAUGAUGAAGGCAUUGCCUACAGGGGCCUCUUCAUCAUCGAUGCCAAGGGUGUCCUUCGUCAGAUCACUGUCAAUGACCUGCCUGUGGGGCGCUCUGUGGAUGAGGCUCUCCGCCUGGUCCAGGCCUUCCAGUACACCGAUGAGCAUGGGGAAGUCUGUCCUGCUGGUUGGAAGCCCGGCAGUGAUACCAUCAAGCCCAACGUGGAUGACAGCAAGGAAUACUUCUCCAAACACAACUAAGAUGACCAAGCUGCAAUGAACCUGACUUCUUGGAUUUCACCCGUGUCCCCACUUGGGUGUUCUGUGCUGGCCCAGAAAGGGCUAGACCUCUUCCUCCAGCUCUGUAGUCUGGGGCAGGGCUGGGGACUGGGCCAAGGCUUUCUCAUUCCCCACCUGGGAUCUGGUGAAUAGCGACUCCCCUUCUCUGAGCCCACCCAGAUGGGCAGAGGUUUGUAGGUAACCAAUAAAGUAUUAGGGAUAGAUGUGCAA